GAGGAGGAGGAGGAGGAGGAGAGACGAGGGCAGCGGAGGAGGCGAGGAGCGCCGGGUACCGGGCCGGGGGAGCCGCGGGCUCUCGGGGAAGAGACGGAUGAUGAACAAGCUUUACAUCGGGAACCUGAGCCCCGCCGUCACCGCCGACGACCUCCGGCAGCUCUUCGGGGACAGGAAGCUGCCCCUGGCGGGACAGGUCCUGCUCAAGUCCGGCUACGCCUUCGUGGACUACCCCGACCAGAACUGGGCCAUCCGCGCCAUCGAGACCCUCUCGGGUAAAGUGGAAUUGCAUGGGAAAAUCAUGGAAGUUGAUUACUCAGUCUCUAAAAAGCUCAGGAGCAGAAAAAUUCAGAUCCGAAACAUCCCUCCUCACCUGCAGUGGGAGGUGCUGGAUGGACUUUUGGCUCAGUAUGGGACAGUGGAGAAUGUAGAACAAGUCAACACAGACACAGAAACUGCCGUUGUCAACGUCACAUAUGCAACAAGAGAAGAAGCAAAGAUAGCCAUCGAGAAGCUAAGCGGGCAUCAGUUUGAGAACUACUCCUUCAAGAUUUCCUACAUCCCGGAUGAAGAGGUGAGCUCCCCUACGCCCCCUCAGCGAGCCCAGCGUGGGGACCACUCUUCCCGGGAGCAAGGCCACGCCCCUGGGGGCUCUUCUCAGGCCAGACAGAUUGAUUUCCCGCUGCGGAUCCUGGUCCCCACCCAGUUUGUUGGUGCCAUCAUCGGAAAAGAGGGCUUGACCAUAAAGAACAUCACUAAGCAGACCCAGUCCCGGGUAGACAUCCAUAGAAAGGAGAACUCUGGGGCUGCAGAGAAGCCUGUCACCAUCCAUGCCACCCCAGAGGGGACCUCUGAAGCAUGCCGCAUGAUUCUUGAAAUCAUGCAGAAAGAAGCUGAUGAGACCAAACUAGCUGAAGAGAUUCCUCUGAAAAUCUUGGCCCACAAUGGCUUAGUUGGAAGACUGAUUGGAAAAGAAGGCAGAAAUUUGAAGAAAAUUGAACAUGAGACGGGGACCAAGAUAACAAUCUCAUCCUUGCAGGAUUUGAGCAUAUACAACCCUGAAAGAACCAUCACUGUGAAGGGCACAGUCGAGGCCUGUGCCAAUGCAGAGGUAGAGAUUAUGAAGAAGCUCCGUGAGGCCUUUGAAAAUGAUAUGCUGGCUGUUAAUCAACAAGCCAAUCUGAUCCCGGGGUUGAACCUCAGCGCACUUGGCAUCUUUUCAACAGGACUAUCCGUGCUGCCUCCACCAGCAGGGCCCCGAGGAGCUCCCCCCGCUCCCCCUUACCACCCUUUCGCUACCCACUCCGGAUACUUCUCCAGCUUGUACCCCCCUCACCAGUUUGGCCCGUUCCCGCACCACCACUCCUAUCCAGAGCAGGAGAUUGUGAAUCUCUUCAUCCCAACCCAGGCCGUAGGUGCCAUCAUCGGGAAGAAAGGGGCGCACAUUAAACAGCUGGCUAGAUUUGCUGGGGCCUCCAUCAAGAUUGCCCCAGCGGAAGGCCCAGAUGUCAGCGAAAGGAUGGUCAUCAUCACCGGCCCACCGGAAGCCCAGUUCAAGGCCCAGGGGCGGAUCUUUGGGAAACUGAAAGAAGAAAACUUCUUUAACCCCAAGGAGGAGGUGAAGCUGGAAGCCCACAUCAGAGUGCCCUCUUCUACAGCUGGCCGGGUGAUCGGCAAGGGCGGCAAAACCGUGAAUGAGCUGCAGAACUUAACCAGUGCAGAAGUCAUCGUGCCUCGUGACCAAACGCCAGAUGAAAAUGAGGAAGUGAUCGUCAGAAUCAUUGGGCAUUUCUUUGCUAGCCAGACUGCCCAGCGCAAGAUCAGGGAAAUUGUACAACAGGUCAAGCAGCAGGAGCAGAAAUAUCCUCAGGGAGUCGCCUCACAGCGCAGCAAGUGAGGCUCCCAACAGGCACCAGCAAAACAACGGAUGAAUGUAGCCCUUCCAACACCUGACAGAAUGAGACCAAACACAGCCAGCCAGCUCGGGAGCAAACCAAAGACCAUCCUGAGGAAUGAGAAGUCUGCGGAGGCGCCGGGGACUCUGCAGAGGCCCUGAGAAUCCCCGGGGCCCGGAGGGAGGGGGGGGGUCAGCCCGGUCCCCGGCCGGCCUCCUGCCUCCCCCAGGGCCUCUGCAGGCUUCCCAGCCAUCCACUGCACCAUCCACUCGGAUCUCUCCUUAACUCCCACCACGCUAUCCCUUUUAGUUGAACUAACAUAGGUGAACGUGUUCAAAGCAAAGCGAAAUUCACACCCUUUUCUGUUUGUGGAAAUUGUCUCUGUACAUGUGUGUACAUAUUAGAAGGGGAAAGAUGUUAAGAUAUGUGGCCUGUGGGUUACACAGGGUGCCUGCAGCGUUAAUAUAUUUUAGAAAUAAUAUAUCAAAUAACUCAACUAACUCCAAGUUUUAAUCAAUUAAUUUUUUUUUCCUUUUAAAGAGAAAGCAGGCUUUUCUAGACUUUAAAGAAUAAAGUCGUUCUUUGGGAGGUCUUAAUGGUUUAGUAAGGAGCUUCGAGACCACCCACACAAAAUUCACCCGAGGGAAAUCUCGAAAGGACACUCACGGCAGUUCUGGAUCACCUGUGUAUGUCAACAGAAGGGAUACCGUCUCUCUGAAGAGGAAACUGUCUCUCUUCAUCCCUGUCUAGCUCACACACCCAUUUCUCUUUGCUUCACAGGUUUUAAACUGGUUUUUUGCAUACUGCUAUAUAAUUCUCUGUCUCUCUCUGUUUAUCUCUCCCCUGCCUUCUCUCCCUCCCCUCCUCCUCCAUUCCCAUUCUUUUCAAUUCCCCCAUCCCUCAUCCCUCUGUCUCAAUUCCCAGUAUCUACGCACCCCCCAGGCAAAGCAGUGCUCUGAGUAUCACAUCACACAAAAGGAACAAAAGCGAAACACACAAACCAGCCUCAACUUACACUUGGUUACUCAAAAGAACAAGAGUCAAUGGUACUUGUCCUAGCAUUUUGGAAGAAGAAAACAGGAACCCAUCAAACCAACCAACCAAACAAAGAAAGAUUCCACAAAGAAAGAAUGUAUUUUGUCUUUUUACAUUUUGGUGUAUAAGCCAUCAAUAUUCAGCGAAAUGAUUUCUUUCUUUUAAAAAAAAAAAAUG